UCCUCCUGCUCCCGGCUCUCACCGCUCCGCGCCCGUACUGAGUCGAUGCGCGAGAGGAAAUUCAUACCCCCCCAUCUUUAUCAGUAUCAGCAUCGCCUUGAAGACAAAGAGAGCAGUGCAAAUGAAGAUGUGCUCCAAUAGCAGGAGAAGCCCGUGUUAAAGUCACUGCUCCCGCAGCCGUGCCCGCCCGGAGGCAGACAGGCACCGGUCCUCGGAGACUCUUCGGGGAUGCGCAAAGAUGUGAGAGUAAAGAGCGAGAGGCAUUGUGAUUGGUCAUACUCUUUCUGAAAGCAUCAGGCACGGCGAGUCAUGUUUGCUCCAGCCAGAGCAACAACGAGGUGGCAUCAAACUUGAAGGAGACGUGUUCUCGGUGUGCACGGUCGAUGCGUUCACGGCGUCAACCAUUCACUUGCAUCAUUCCCCCAAAAGAGGCGGACGCGCUCUCCGUGGUGCUGAAACAGAAAGACUUGGCCGAUCAACUAGUGAAGAAGAGGGAGACGCUCUCACUGCGCUCAUUUGAGCUCCGUGCUAUUCGGCAGCGUUCAGCCCGAACGUUUCACACUAGUGUCUAACUGUGCCAAAUCAUGCUGUGGAUGAAGUUAAAGAUGGCGUUGGACUCCCUGCGUGGACGGAGAAGGAGGCUGCCCUGUUACCUCUGGUUCUUCCUGCUGUUCGCUGCUGGAGGUCUGGUUCUCUUCAUCCACCAGCGGGAUCUGUCAGAGAUGGUCCAGCCGCAAGGCCCAGGCGUGAAGCUUGCAAGCACUCCACGGCAGUCCAGAGAGACUCUCUCUACGCAGGACAGAGAGAGAGGCAAAGCUGAAAACUAUCAGGACCACCAAACAACAAAGGGCAUCUUGGCCAGCCCGAUCCCUCCAAUGCAGUUCCCACACUUUGAGCAGAGCAAGCAGACGGCCACCCCUGAGUCUCGGGAGCAGGCCAAACAGACACCCACCCCUGGGUCCCGGGAGCAGGACAUAACCUCCCUUCAUGUCACUAAAAGACAACGCAAACUGCUGAAAACAAGUCCCCCAAUCCAUCACACCACCAAGAAGGAAUCCCCACCUUCUUCUUUGUCCACAUCAGUUUCCUCCCCUUCUGCCCACGACUCGUUCACCCCCGACAAAUGGAAAAAGCUUGCCAAUAUUCAGGUAGCACGCCGGCAACACAUGAGGGAGAUGUGUGCCAAGUACAAAAGCGGCAUUUCCAAGACCAUCACAGGUAAUCAUGUCAAAAACAUCUUCGUAGAGGACAAGUACAAGUUGUUGUACUGCCAGGUGCCUAAGGCGGGCUGUUCCAACUGGAAGAGGACCCUGAUGGUGCUGGCAGGCAAGGCCCCCAAUACUCAUAGCAUCACACACGACACAGUCCACGAUGGCCAGCAACUCAGGGAGCUUCACACCUACGACCACAAGGGAAUCAUGCACCGUCUGGCGACCUACACCAAAUUCAUGAUUGUCCGUGAGCCCUUGGAGAGAAUGGUGUCGGCUUACAGGGACAAGUUUGAAAAUCCUAACAACUACUACCACAACCUGUUUGGGAAACCCAUUAUCUCCAGGUAUAGGCCGAACCCAUCCGCAGAAGCCCUGAAGACAGGCAACGGGGUCACGUUCAAGGAGUUUGUCCAUUACCUGCUGGAUGUGCACCGGCCCGUAGGAAUGGACAUCCACUGGGAGCAGAUGAAUCAGCUCUGCAACCCUUGUCUCAUAGACUACAACUUCAUUGGCAAGUUUGAGAACAUGGAGGAGGAGUCCAACUAUUUCCUCCGAUUAACUGGGGCGCCACACAACAUGAAGCUGCCCACUUUUAAAGAUAGGAACCCAUCCGACAAGAAAACCUCUUUGCAGAUCACACAAAAAUACUUUUCACAGGUCAGCCCUUCGGAGAGACAGCGAGUCUAUGACUUCUACUACACAGACUAUCAGAUGUUUAACUACUCCAAGCCUUACGAAGUUUUAAAUUGACUCACUCCUAUCAACUCUUGCAUCACAGUCACAUUCCAUGUCUACAUCUCAACAUAAAGAGGCUAUCUCACAUGCUCACAUGGACCUUUGCAUCGCAGCAGAGAGCUCAGUAAGACUCAACUUUCUCUAAGUACUUGCAAAAGCUGCUUUUUAUGGAUACAUUUUUACCAGAUUAUCUUCAUUUUCAGACAACCAUGAGAUGAAAAGCUUUGUGUGAUAUCCAAUAUUCUAAAUUGUCCUGAAAUGGUUAUUGGUUAUUUAUUCACUGUUAACACAUGGUGAGGUACAAUAUUAAAAUGAUAAAUGUUCUGCUUCGAAAUAAAAAAAGUUUCUUAUUUUUCAACAGGCUUUAAAUUAUGCCUUACUGUGAGUCAAAUAGGAUUUGCAAAUGUGUUUUAUGGUUUGAUUCAACAUUAGCGCCACAUGGGUGCAGUUUAAUACACAUUCCUAAAGUCAGAAGUGAUUUCAGUGUACAGUGUAAUGUGAGCCCCUGUCACCUACCUUUAGAGUAAUGACACCACAACACUAAGAUAACUAACGAUAUAGUAAUGAUCACUGCCAUGUACUGCAAUUUGUUAAUUUCUGCAUUCGAAUUAAUUUAAAAUAUUUGCAUAUACUAUUUGACUUGCAGCAGGUUAGGCACCACUAUGCCUCUAUGUUUCAUUGCAUACUAAUACAGAUAUAGAGUGUAAAUUGUUUUACUAAACAUAACAAAAGGAUACACUAUAAAUAGUAUAAAUCUUUAAAAUGUGUCAAGUGCUGCCCACUCAGAAGCUGUGUGCACCUAUUGUAGCAUUUUUGUACUUCUAACUUUGUCAGUUAGGUUUGUGCUUUAGUCUUAACACAUACAUGUGCUGUAGGUCCUCCAUGACUAGAGAUACUUAUUUGGGUGGCUGUUGUUAAAUGCAGGACAUCCAGGUAUUUGCAGGGUACAACGUGUUGCUGCCAAUAUCUCCUAAUGGCUGUUAGUAAUCAUUCUGCAUACAGUCUGGUGACUGCGUGGCAAGCAAAUGGGUAAAAGUCAACAACAAACAACACCAAAAAAGAUGCUUAGACUUGGUUUGAUUUGGACAUUUUGAGAGAAUGACAAAACAGAAAAGAGCAUGCCCAUUGAUCACACUUAACAC